AGUGAAGGGAAAAUAUGUUAUAUAUACUCCUAGUUAAAAGGUUGUGUUUGUAAGAUUAUUUGAGGUGAAUGAUAAAGGAAGAGAAAAAAGAAAUGGAGUGUGAAAAAGAAGUAGAAAACGGAAGAUACAUAAUUGUAGUAAGUGGAGUGAGCAAAGGGAUAGGACGAGCUUUAGCUUUGGAAUUUGCAAAGCUUGGGCAUAUCAUUGUUGGCUGUUCUCGCAACCAAAACCAAUUGGAUUCACUUCAACAUCACCUUUCUACCAUUUCUUCACUCACUCAUUUGCUUAUCAAAGUUGAUGUGAGCUCAAAUGAUGAGGUGAAAGUGAUGGCAGAAACUGUGUUACAGAAAGUGGGCUCUCCUCAUAUUAUUGUAAAUAAUGCAGGUGUGAUAAAUGAAAACGUGAAGAUGUGGGAAGGUUGUGUUAAAGAGUUUGAUAAUGUGAUUGAUACAAACAUAAAAGGAACAGCAAAUGUGAUACGUAAUUUCAUUCCUCAUAUGAUUUCAAACAAUAAAGAAGGCAUCAUUGUUAAUAUGUCUUCCAUUUAUGGAAGGACAGGAGCUCCUCAGGUUUCAGCAUAUGUUUGCUCAAAAUGGGGAAUUGAAGGGUUAAGCAAAUCAUUAGCAAAAGAGGUGCCAAACAGAAUAACAGUUGUGGCAUUGGAUCCUGGCAUUAUAAAUACAGACAUGCUUGCUACUCAUAUUGGUCCUCAUUUAGCUUCUCAUUAUCAAACUCCUCAACAAUGGGCUACAAAGGCAGCUUCAAUGAUUAUGAAUCUUUCAAGUUCUGAUAAUGGUACAUCUCUCACUGUUGAAGAUCCUGGAACUCUAGUCUUCGAAUGAAUUCUUAUGAUUUCAUCAAGAAAUUAUAUAUUGCUCAAUCAGUGUUUUUUAUCUUGUUUAUAUUAUGAGACAUUGUCAUUGUGUUGUUAUUUGGAGACGUAUAUUAAUGUUGUGUGAGGAGAAUAUUCAACUAUAAUGUUGAAAGUAGUUUGUUGUUGUGUUGGUGUUAUUUGGAGACAUAUAUUAAUGUUGUGUGAGGAGAAUAUUCAAGUAUAAUGUGGAAAGUACUUUUAAUAUAUACUCCAACUUUUAUCUUAAUUGUCA